UUUGAGAGAAGAAGAAGGACGCAGAUAUAGACUUUACAGGCUGACGCUCAGACUAUGCAGUGACAACAAGAUGCAGUACUAAGAAGAAUUCUGAAGCAAAAUUCCGAAGAGAAGGAUGAUGGAGGACAUUCCAAAUGAUGAGGGUGAGGCCAGAGCAGUCCGAGUGUUGGUGUUCCUCGUCAUCACCCUGACCGUGUCACUUCCUGCCUUGGGCUGGGCCCUGGCUUCUCUCUUCACUACCAGAAAGAACAGACAAGUCUCCGGCUUCACCUUCCUCCUCCUCCUCCUCCUAAGUGAUGUGUCUGAGGUGACCAUGACCCUGUCUGUGGUCAGAACACUGAUGGGAGGUGUGUUCAGUGGACUGAGCUCGCUCAUCUCCUUAGAAUCCCCUCUGAUUUUACUGGGCUGCAGGCUGUCUGGUCUGUACCUUCACCAGCUGGUGGCGAUAGAGAGCACUUUGCAUCUCAAGAACCCACAGUCCUCUGCUCAGCUUUUCUCCUUCUGUUGCUCUGUCGGCAUGACAAUACUUUGCAUUCUAAUUGUCCUCAUGUUCAUAAUUGUUAAGGGCAACCUCCCCGAUCUUCUAUUUGUGAUGCUGUCCAUGUUUUUUACCUGUGCCUGUGUCUUGCUUUGUCUGUAUGACAUCUCAAAGACCAAGCAGCAGGCAGUCAGGCAGCUUGGCCAGGCGAUGAUGGCUGUGUGUCUGUUCACUGUUGCUGUCCUGCACGGCCCUUUGGUUGUUUAUAUGGUAGUGCACCAGAGGUCUGAGGAGGCACCUAUGGACAGAUAUACAGACAUGGCAGUGUCCCAGUGGGGAGCUAUGGCCCUGGCCAUCUCCAGCCUGCGGGUGCUAGCAGACGCCCUGCUGUGUGUGCUGGCUUGUAGGGAGAUCCCAUGACAAAUGCACUCAUGCAUGCUCAUGUUCUGUAAUACAUGGGGUGUUUGU